CCGGAGCCUACCCAUGAGGCAGCGCGUCGGCUGCUCGCGAACAACCCCCUUCCCACGGCUCGGCAGCCUGCUCCGCAAUGGGAGCCGCGGCCGCUGCCGUGUAGUUUUUCGUGCUCCUCCUUUUCCUCCUCCUCUUUCUCCUCCUCCUCAGGGCUCCAGUCAGGCCGAUCCGCUCCGCUCUCGGAAGGAAAACAGAUAUAACUUGCUGCCUUGUUUGGAGUCACAUGAUAAUUUUAAAAUGGCAGAACUCUUUAUGGAAUGUGAAGAAGAAGAACUGGAACCAUGGCAGAAGAAAGUAAAAGAAGUUGAGGAUGAUGAUGAUGAUGAGCCCAUCUUUGUUGGAGAGAUAUCGAGUUCAAAACCAGCAAUUUCCAAUAUUUUGAACAGAGUUAACCCCAGCUCAUAUUCAAGGGGAAUAAAGAAUGGCAUACUCAGUCGAGGUAUUACUGCUGCAUUCAAGCCUACAAGUCAACACUAUACGAACCCAACAUCAAAUCCAGUUGCCGCCUCGCCAGUAAAUUUUCAUCCUGAAUCUAGAUCUUCAGAUAGCUCUGUUAUUGUUCAGCCUUUUUCUAAACCUGGUUACAUAAUGAGCUCAUCACGAGUUGUAUCUAAUAAUUCUUCAGAGUUACUAUUUGACUUGACCCAGGAGACAGGAAUAUCACAUUACCAAGGGGGACCAACACUUUCUAUAGCAGGUGUGAAUGAAAGUUCAUUUUUAUCAAAACGUCCUUCUGCUUCUGAAGUAAACAGUGUUAAUCCAAAAAAGCCUAAGCCCUGUGAGGGUGUUUCUGGAACAAAUUCUCCAGCUGAAUUUCCUUCAGUUAAAUCUCCUUCACUGACAUCUUCCCAGGCUAUGCCAUCAAAAGGUGCAAACACGUCAUCAAAUCAAUCUAAAAAUGGAACACCUUUUCCAAGAGCUUGUCCAAAGUGCAAUAUUCAUUUCAAUCUUUUGGAUCCUUUGAAAAAUCACAUGAAGUAUUGUUGUCCAGACAUGAUAAAUAACUUUUUGGGACUGGCUAAAACAGAAUUUUCAAAUACAGCAAAUACAAAUAAGACUAUUGAUUCAGAGAAAGGAAAAUUGAUCAUGUUAGUUAAUGACUUUUAUUAUGGAAAACAUGAAGGAGAUGCCCAGGAAGAACAGAAGACUCACACAACCUUUAAAUGCUUCAGUUGCUUGAAAAUUCUAAAAAAUAAUAUUAGGUUUAUGAACCACAUGAAACAUCAUUUGGAACUUGAGAAGCAGAGCAGUGAAAGCUGGGAAAACCACACCACCUGCCAGCACUGCUACCGUCAGUUUCCCACACCAUUUCAGCUGCAGUGUCACAUUGAAAGUACACAUACGCCCCAUGAAUUUUCUACCAUUUGUAAAAUCUGUGAAUUAUCAUUUGAAACAGAACAUGUUCUUUUACAACAUAUGAAGGAUAAUCAUAAACCCGGUGAAAUGCCAUAUAUCUGCCAGGUUUGCAAUUAUAGAUCAUCAUCAUUUUCUGAUGUGGAAACUCACUUUAGAACAUCCCAUGAAAACACUAAGAACUUGCUGUGUCCUUUUUGCCUCAAAGUUAUUAAAAUUGCAACACCCUAUAUGCAUCAUUAUAUGAAACAUCAGAAAAAAGGAAUACAUCGUUGUACAAAAUGCAGACUGCAAUUUUUGACAUGCAAGGAGAAAAUGGAUCAUAAGACACAGCAUCAUCGAACAUUUAUAAAACCUAAACAACUAGAAGGAUUGCCUCCUGGAACAAAAGUUACUAUUCGAGCUUCAGUUGGACCUCUUCAGUCAGGAUCUUCACCUACACCUUCCAUUAAUGCAAGCACUUCUACCCUUCAGCUCUCACCUCCAAGGACUAAAAAUAUAACUGCUAAAAAUCCCACAAAAUCGAAUACAAGUAAACCUAAUACAACCAAAUCCAAUGCAAGUAAACCUAAUGGAAAUAAGCCUAAUGGAAGUAAAUCUAAAUACAAAUCAAAAAUCUCUAAUAUGCAAAAGAAACAAAGCACAUUGGCUAAUAGCAAUAAAAAAAUCAAAGUUAAUACUGCAUUGAGGAACUUAAGGUGUCGUCGGGGCAUUCACAAGUGCAUUGAGUGCUGUUCUGAAAUAAAAGAUUUUGCAAACCAUUUUCCUACAUAUGUCCACUGUAGCUUUUGCAGAUAUAAUACUAGCUGUAGUAAAGCCUAUGUAAAUCAUAUGAUGAGCUUUCACAGUAGUCGUCCAAGUAAAAGGUUUUGUAUAUUUAAGGAGCAUUCUGAAGAUCUCAGGGGCAUUACUCUAGUGUGCCUUAAUUGUGAUUUCCUAACUGAUGUUUCUGGCUUAGAUAAUAUGGCUGCACACUUAAGUCAACAUGAAACCCAUACUUGCCAAGUUGUAGUAGAGAAAGUUUCUGUCUGUAUCCCAACUUCUGAACAUCUUUCUGAAUUAAAAAAUGAAGUGCCCAUUAAGGAACAAGAAUCUAUGUCUAAGGAAAUUGCAAGAUCUAAUGUGGCUGAAAAAAAAACAGAAUCAUCAAAUUCUGAAAGUAAGCAAGAUAAAGCUUCUUCACCAGAAGAAAAAAAUGGAUGUGGUACAAAUUUAUUUGAAGAUUCAUUAGCAACAAAAAGUGAAGAAAACACAACAGUUUCAGAUAAAGAAAAUAAUAACUGUCUUGCAGACAAGGAAACUGGCUCAAAGAAAAUCUUCAGUUAUGAUUCAAAUAUUGAUGCAGAUAAAAUGGAGAAAGAAAAACAAAGACAGCACAUUUGUCAGGAAAUGGAAUUGAAAAUGGGCCAAAGUUCAGAAAACAUAAUUUUAAGUGAUCAGAUUAAAGAUCACAACUCCAGUGAAGCUAGGUUUUCUUCGAAGAAUAUUAAGGAUUUGUGGUUACCAUCAGGUGAUGUUAGCAUUGAUCAGUUUUUGAGAAAAAGAGAUGAAUCAGAAUCUGUUAGUUCUGAUGUUAGUGAGCAAGGCAGUGUUCAUUUGGAACCUUUGACACCAUCAGAGGUACUUGAGUAUGAAAGUACAGAGAUUCUUCAGAAAAAUGGUGAUUCUUCUGCCAACACUGAUGAAGUAGUGUCUGAUCAAACAAAUGACAUUCCUGGAGAAGAUAGUCCAAGCACAAGAGAGACAACAGUAGACUUGGCAGAUGAAAAAGAACAAAGUUGAAAUAAUUUAGUCAUUCUAAGUUGUAGCACACCAACAGAAAGAGCAUUUGGAACAGUGCAAUCAGGUGAGCUCAGUAGUGCUGUGGUAGAGUUCAGAAGUAAGAAAAUGUGAGGGAAGUCAUUCAUACUCUUCACAUGUAUGUUCAAUCUAAGUUAUUAAAUCAGUUCACCAACUACAGCAUGCAUGGUAUGGAUUUCCAAGUUUUUAAAAACACGAACAGGAUUUUAAUGAAAGCUAAGUGUGAGAUCAAAGGGUAUGUUUUUGAAGAAAUAGGACUUGGUUGUAGAUAUGAAUGGAUUUAUGAGAAUAUUAGUUAUAUUAUUAAAAUUUUUCAAACUUUCAGUCCUAAGCUUAAAAUCCUUAUUAUCUGUAUAACCUUUUAAGUUACUUUUAAAGAAAGAGAUUUGGAAAUCAUGUACUUUUCAGAAUAAUAGAUUUUAAAUAAUGGCUGAUUGGCAUUGUUAUAAAGGCUUUAAGUAUAAUGCUGGCAAAUGGAGCAUGCUUAGAGUGCUAAAUUGAUCUAAUGAGAAUUUGGAUGAACACGAACUUAAUUUUGAAUUCAGUAUAACAUUCCAGUCUGUCAGAAGCAUGUAAACAGAAUUUUUGAAUCUGUGUACCUCCAUAACAAGUGUUAGCCUGCCAGGCUGUAAGCUUACCUUUAAUUAAACUUUCAGUGAAAGUGGAAUUAUAAAAUAUAAAUUUAUAUUUGUGCUUUUGGUCAGUAUGUAAGCUGUGCAAAAAUCCCUUGAUGUACUAGUUGUAUAAAGUAGAAAUUCAUUGUUGAAACUCCUGUAGCUACUAUCCUUUUAAUAUUGUUUUAAUAUCUUCCUUAGAAAUAGACCCAUAAAAAUGGUCUGGAAGCCAAACCAAAGUAUGGUAUAAUGUAGAUAAUGUAAAGCAGUAAACUGAAAACAUGUGCUGACAUGUAUUCAGUCAUGUUUAAGUGACUUUUUCUUAAUUGUAAAAUAGAAACUUCAAACGGGACCUAAAAGAGUGAUAUAGAAGACUGGUUUGGGGAAAGUAGCCUAAUUUACCCAUAAGUUGGCUGCUAAAUUGAUUUUUCAGUUUUUUAUCAUCUAGAACAUAAUAGAUAUAGAAUAAUAUGAAGAAUAAUAGUUUGCUUUAAGUACUAAUAAACUUUAUUUAAAUGCUACAUUUUUACUUCUUAAAAUGUGCUUUGAAUUCUUAAAUUUGGUUUUACUGAAUGUUAAAUGUUUUAAGCAGCUAUUAAAAUUCUGUUGUAUAGUAGUUUUUGAGUAAAUAUUUGCAAUAAAAAUCUGUCCCUAAAUCAUUUUACUUUUCAGAUCAAUGCUUGAUUCAGAUUACUUUUGGUGCUGUUAGAAAUUGUAUACUCAUUCAAAGAAAUUUGUUACUAGAAUUCCAUUCCCUUGUCUUCACCUGGCAUGACUUAUUUUAAAUCAGAAAUUAAAAUACAAGGGAUAAUAUUGCCAAUAUUUACAGAGAAUAGUUGCUUUAUAAAUCCUUUUACUUAAAGAGAAAUACAAUUUAAUAUUGUACAUUUUUAAAUAUGCUCAGACUAAAUAGGCAAAAUAUAUAAUUGUAUUAUUUUCUUGAAUAUUUGAUGAAGAACUAAUAUUUCAUCUUUCCUGCUCCCAAGAAAAGACAGGGAAACCCAUUAACUGUCAUCUUUUACCUUGUUGAAACAGAAAUCUAUAGCAGGGAAAAUUUGGGGAAUAAUAUAAACGGUAGAGGAGCAGGGAGUAGAAAAAUGUCUUUGUAAGAACCACUUUCUCAGUUUUAUUUAAUUUGUUGCCAAGCCUAUCACCUUAUGCCACAAAACUCUAUAGAAAUUUGUGUCAAAUUAAGUCUGUAAGUAACACCAAAAUCCCUUUUGAGAUUUGGGUAAUUUCUACCCCCUUCCACCUUAUACCUUUAGAGUAGUGAUAUUCAAAGUAGCUGGUCAAUGAAAUGAUUUUUACCUACGACUGAGAAAAGGAAUCUGUAUCUGACUGUCUUUUAUUGAGAAAGUCUGGCAAUGAAAAAUAAAGUUGAAAUAAGCAUUGAA